GAUGAGUUGCCAAUAUAUUUAUGUGCUAAAGUGGCCACAUGACUCGUUGUUAUGUUCCCAAAUACACUGAAAAUGGGCCAAACUCACCCUCGCCAAUUUUCUCAGUCCGCCUUCAUGCUUCAGGCCCGCACUGGUCCUCUCCAUGAACUUGCUGGGAAAGAUUGGCAUUGUGCAGAAGAAGAACGGGGAGGAGGCAGUUGUAGCGCCUCCAUGCUCCGUCUUCUGGAUCGAAACCUCUGAUUCCAUCUCUCGCCGCUUUCAGUUUGAACUCGAUGGCCGUCUCUCCGUGAAGAUACUUGAUGACUCGAGACCUGUAUUUUAUAGGAUGGUUGAUUCCUUCUUGAAUAAAUUUUUCCCCUCAGGAUAUCCAUAUAGUGUAAAUGAGGGAUAUCUUAGAUACACACAAUUUCGAGCACUGCAGCACUUCUCCAGCGCGGCAUUAUCUGUGCUAUCAACACAGUCGCUGCUAUUUGCUGCAGGCUUGCGACCUACUCCUGCUCAGGCAACUGCUGUAAGUUGGAUUUUAAAAGAUGGGAUGCAGCAUGUGGGAAAGCUCAUAUGUAGCAAUUUAGGUGCAAGAAUGGAUUCAGAGCCAAAACGUUGGAGAAUCCUAGCUGAUGUCCUCUACGAUUUGGGCACUGGCUUGGAAGUUCUUUCUCCCUUAUGUCCACAUCUUUUUCUUGAAAUGGCGGGCCUUGGUAACUUUGCGAAGGGAAUGGCAGUUGUUGCAGCAAGAGCGACAAGGUUGCCGAUAUAUUCUUCAUUUGCCAAAGAAGGCAAUCUCAGUGACCUUUUUGCAAAAGGAGAGGCCAUCUCUACUCUUUUUAAUGUUGUUGGAAUAGGAGCAGGGAUACAGUUAGCAUCUACUAUCUGCUCAUCAAUGCAAGGAAAGUUGGUUGUUGGGCCUCUCCUGGCUGUUAUACAUAUAUACAGUGUUACUGAAGAAAUCCGAGCUGCUCCUGUGAACACGUUGAAUCCACAGAGAACUGCAAUGAUUGUGGCUGAUUUUCUUAAGACAGGCAAAAUAUCAAGCCCUGCUGACCUAAGAUACAGAGAAGAUCUCCUAUUUCCUGGACGCCUCAUAGACGGAGCUGGAAAUGUAAAGGUGGGAAGGACGCUGCGGGAUGUUGUUAAGCCUUCAAAACUCUACAAGUUGAAAGAAAUAUUUCCUGAAGAGAAGUUUCUUUUAAGUUGUGGAAAUAAAUGGACUGACAUGGUAUUGGAGCUCAAUGCUACAGGUGAAGAUGCAUUGAGAGGUUGGUUGGUUGCUGCAUAUGCUGCAACCAUGGAGAAUUCUGUACAUGAGUCAACUGCUAGCAUCAUGCAGGAGGCUUAUGAGAAGAUGAAUAGUGUGUUCACUCCAUUUUUGUCUGAACUGCAAGCGAAAGGGUGGCACACUGAUCGCUUUCUUGAUGGAACAGGAAGCCGUUUUGCAUGGUAAUGUCGUGCAGUUUCAUCCUUUUCAGCAGGCAGUGUACCAGCGGGCUGGGGCCUAGCUGUAGAGAUCUUGUUGCCCUGCACGAAGUGCUUGCCUUCGAUUUCUUGUUAGGGCACUUGAUAAGGUUGGUGUCAAAUUGUGGGUGAACGCAUCUGCUUAAGAAAGUGCCUCCAGGGCUCUCUUUUUUUUUUGGAUUCGUCCGGGUAUCCGCCUACCGUCAACAGUGUCAGUUUUACUGUCCACUGCACCGGCCAGCGACUAAUAUUCAAGGUUGCCCAUUUUUAUUUUUAUUUUUUAUAUUUUGUACCCGGCAAGCAUUGCACGGUCGUGAUCGCGCAACUGUGCGAAUUUGUAGAGCUUGGGUGCAUGAAUCCUGGUAGCAAAUUAAGCAGUGUUAUCACAUGGUUAAUGAAUCUGCAAUGAAUGUGUUGGUUCCAUUUUUGCGCUA